AAGCGGUUAUUUAAAUUGCACUCCGAUCCACAUGUGCUUAGCAUAUUCAACAACUUCUUUGGUCGUGCUCAAAGCCAGUACCUGUGCUAAUAAUGGAGGAUUCAUGGGUGGACUUGUUUUCUAACUGGGAAAUGGGUGGUGAUGAUUUCUUCAAUAUUCAAAGCCAUGGCCACAUGAGCCCUUUCAAUGAAGAAGAGUACUCCUCGGGAGAGAGAGACAUGAUUGUUCAGCAACAAGUUUUCUCUCCCAAUCUCUCUUCUUCCUCCCUUCAAAGCAACUUGGAAUUACCUUACUCAUCAUCUCCAACGGGUAACGUUUUGUCUUUUGAUAACCCCCUUGUAGGAUCACUUCACCCUCAAAAUGACUCCGCUAAAAGCAUGGAACAAAGCCAUUGCGUUGAACCAAAGGCGUACCCACGAACAAACGCACAAGUUCACAUACUGGCCGAGAGAAAAAGGAGAGAGGAGCUGACUAGGUGCAUCAUAGCACUUUCAGCCACCAUUCCUGGCUUAAAGAAGACAGACAAGGUCACUGUACUGCGUGAAGCUGUGAACUAUGUGAAACAACUUCAAGAACGUGUGAAAGAGCUAGAAAAUCAAAUGAGGAAGGAAUGUGUGAAUUCAAUAAUACUUACCAAGAAAGCGCUAAUUUGCAAAAAUGAUCGUGUGGAAGAACUCCUCGAGGUGAAAGUAACUGUGUUAGAUAAGGAAGUGCUCAUUGGAGUCCAUUGUGAGAAACAAAGAAAAUCUUUGCUCAAAAUAUUGUCCUUGCUUAAUAAUCUCCAUCUUUCUAUAACCAGUACCAGCGUAUUGCCAUUUGGGAGUUCCACUCUUAAGAUUACCAUUAUCUCUCAGAUGGAUGACGAAUAUAACAUGACACUUGAUGAUCUAGUAAGAACACUGCGUCAACGCAUAUUGAGUUUGAAGUCACACGAUACGUAAAAGUGAAUCAAAACAUGGUUCUGAACUUCUGAUCGUUGUUUGUUCAUAUGGAUUUGGAAGUUAUUCAAAUGCUGUGGCACGUUUGUAGUUUUUUUUUCAUGUGAAAAUAAGGUUUUUUUUUUUUUUUUUGUAGUAAAUUCUAUACGGAAAUGUUACCCAUUUGGCCAUUUUAGAUGAUGAAAGUUAUUUUCUUGACUAGUCAAAAUU